AUGUCAACUGGUAUUGCUGUUAACAUUAUAAGAAUGCUCAAAUCAAACGUUUUACCAAAAUUCAGCAGCGUAUUCAAGAAGGCUUUUAGCAAGAAAUAUCUUUUAGCCACUAAUUUAACUCUCUCUAUUUCUCUUUCGGGCAUAGGAGAUAUAAUAGAACAGAACUAUGAAAUAAUGAAUAAAGAAAUAGAAGAAUUGAACUUCAAAAGGACCAAAAAUAUGUGUAUUUCAGGAUUAACACUCGGAUUAGUAUGUCACUACUGGUACCAAGGUUUAGAUAGAUGUCUACCUGGCUCUACUUUAAGAAUGGUCAUGAAGAAACUCGUGGCAGACCAAUUUAUAGCAUCGCCAAUUUGUAUUGCAACAUUCUUUUUAACUUUGGGGUAUUUGGAAGGCACCAGCAAAGAAGUAUUUAUUCAGGAAACUAAACAGAAAGCUAUUAAACUGUACGUGGCCGAUUGGAUGGUUUGGCCACCAGCACAAUUCAUCAAUUUUUAUUUAUUACCCUACCAAUACAGAAUUUUAUUUGACAACACUAUUUCUUUAGGAUACGAUAUUUAUACCUCAAGAGUGCAACAUGAAGAUUCAUAG